UACAGCACUAUUGUUUUUAAUACCUUAGCGAAGUAGUGAUAAAGGUUAAAAACUACGCAGGUUAAUCUUUAUACCAGGUACAAAGAAUAUCCCUGACAUAGUUACUUGAUCAGGCUAGUAACUAGAUUUUCGAGUAGAUGUAAACGCAGCAUUAUGCGGUUUAAUGAACGGAUCGCGAUGGCGGCGGCGCGCGGAGCGAGCACACUGCGCAGUCGGCCUCGAGCUCCAGGCGGCGCGCGCGCAGCCAGACACGCCGGUGAAAGGACGCAUGACUCACACGCACACUAGACAUGAACGAGUACGCCGAGUAUGACUGGAGGCUGCACCAGAUGCAGAACGAGCGCCUUUGUGACGUGUCCAGGAAGAGACUCACGGACGGCGACCGGCAGCGCGCUCUCGACGGGCUCAAAGAAGCCGUCGAUUCGAGCCUCAACUUGGCCCUUCGCGACAAAAGUCGCUGUCAGGACGACAGCUUCUUGCGGCGGUUUUUGUACGCGCGCAAACACGAUGUGCAGCAAAGUUUUGAAUUGUUAGUGCGGUAUCAUCAGCAUCGUCGUGAGCAUCCCGAUCUGUGGGCUACUGCGGAUGGAGGAGUGCUUCGAGCCCUGGCCGAUGGACUGCCCGGCGUGCUAGCGCAACGUGACCGACGCGGCCGUUGCGUGCUCCUCAUGUUUGCCUCAAAUUGGACGCCCCACGCAUGCCCUCUACUCUCCGUGUUCAGAGCCCUUCUCCUCACACUGGAACGUACUCUAGCAGAAGUGCAAAACCAAGCUAACGGUUACGUUAUCAUUGUGGAUUGGACUGAGUUUACAUUCAAACAAUCGUGCAGUUUACAAGCCAAAAUUUUGAAAAUGAUGAUCGACUGCUUACAAGACUGUAUGCCGGUGCGAUUUAAAAGCAUACAUUUUAUAGGCCAACCGUGGUAUGUGGAAACUGCCCUCGCUGUUAUAAAACCGUACCUGAGAGCCAAAACGCGGGAAAGGAUAGUGCUUCACGGAAACAAUUUGUCCACAUUACACGAUGCUCUGCCUCUUGAUAUUUUACCCGCUGAAUUAGGAGGAGAAGGGCCAUCAUACAAUUCAGAGCGUUGGCUGCAAGAGUUCGGUCGUUGUGAAAACAAAGAUACGAAACCUGUACCAGUAGGCGUAGUAUCGACUGCCCCACCGGUCGAGAACGAUCUUCCCACGGCGAAACUGGAUAAAGCGUAUAAACAUAAAGACAGUCCGAACUUUUCAUUUCACGGUAACGAAAAAAGUGCAAAGUCAGAAUUACUGAGGGAUAAAGAUUGACUCAAUUGUGUUGUGUAGAUAUACCAGCGUGAUUGCAUUAGACAGUUGUGUCUGGGCGCCAUCGGGGCGUGUCCUUUCAUGUACUUAUAUGACUACGAGGACGUGCAUGCAUUUUGUGAUAUCAAGUGUACUAGUAAUUUAUUUUUAGAAAGCAUUGUAAAGGUAAGACCAAAUUCGGAAAAUGUAAGCGAUACAGUGGAUUACUACGAAGUAAUACUUGAGUGACAAGUUUUUUGUAUUUGUUUUAUCCAUAAUGGACCUUUAAAUGCAGUAUCGACUAUCGGCCUCGCAUAAUGGGCUUUUUAACAAUGAGUCAGCCAGGUAUUGAAAUGGUGGGAGGCGCCUGGCUCAUCCCUGCACUCGCGGCGAUUGAUAACGGUUUUUCGCUUUCCGUACAUAAACAUAAGUACUAUGUAUACUUAAUUGCAGAAAACGGCCAGAGAUUUUUAAAGAUUAUUAUUACAUAGAUAAAUACGCUUUUUUAUAUAUCAGCGAGGCUUGAUGCACAUUUACUAUUAUUUAAGUUGUGAGAGUUUUUUGUGCGUUAGCUAGAUAGGUACCUACUGUAAGAUCGUGUCUGGAACGAAUCCAUCAUCUAACUUAAGUUGAACGACCGAAUGCUGCGGGCAUUCAGAACAAUUUCAUUAUUUUUUUCUUCUUUUUAAUAACUAGCGUUCAGUUAAAUUGCCUCCUAGUUGUCUGAAUCAUACAACGUAGUAUAAAGGAAGAUAAUAUUUUUUUCAUGUUUGACAAACACCUAGGCGUUCUUCUGUACUUUCGUAAAAAUUAUGUAAUUUGUUUAUCCAGUUCAUCCACACUAAACUAAUCAUCCAGCCCCUGUAUUCUUUUAGCUUCUCUGACAGUUCCUAACUGUUGAAGACCUCUGAUCUCCACAUAAAAAAAAAAUUACAUGAAUAAAUAACAACCGGUUGUCUAAUAAUGAGCUUUGUAAAGAGGUGGUUUGAAACCUUUCAGAAAAUCUGCCAUGCUGCUCCAACUUUUUGCUAUUUCCUCUGACCAAUGAUGAUAUGUUCCUGUCAUUAUCCUGUGUACGAAUAAAAAGAUUAUAUCUUAAUUUAUUUUUCGUUUUAUAUUUAUAUUUCGAUUAUAUCUAUGUUUAAACACGAAAGUUUUUUUAGUUCAGGUACGUAUGAAUACAGAAGCAUUUUCUAGUUUUCUACUAUUCUCUACUGAUACGGAUUGCAAUACUUUUAAAGCAGCCAAUCAUCAUUUGUCAUAGGUAUUUGUUUACGACUGAAUUUGCACCCUGGUUUUUAAAGUAGGUCUAUACUUUUCUAAAGGGAACAUUAUAAAAAGGUCUACUUUUACACCUGUCAGUUUAGUUUAGGGUUUGAGUUCGGGCAACUGAAUUGGUCCCAGAACCUAUUAUGUUGUGUUCGUCGUUUUCUUUGGCAGUUAGUAUGUUGAAUGUUUCUGUCAAUAUAUUCUAAAGACUAUAAAACAGUAAUAUAAAUAAAUAAUAUAAUCAUUCCAUUUAUCAAAAAAUAUAAUGUUUGUUAACUAUAAAAGUAAUAAAUAUAUAAGCUCUCACUUCGUAUACGAAUGCUCUCUUGGAACUGAAUGAACUUAUUUAACGAUAAGUAGGUAUGUAUAAGGUGUUUGUACUUGAACCGUCCAUAAAAGAAAUGAAUUUAGGUGAGCAGGUUCUGCAUGUGACAUUGGACUUUGUAACUGCGUUUGUAUCUUUGACUUUUUAAACCUUAAUAUGGCAGUGAUACAAUUAUUGAUUCAUAGCUUUGUUAAAAAAUAAGUUUUCCGACAAGUAAAAACGAAACAUGUGACAACGUUGUCUUAAAACUAAUUCGAAGAGAUAAUUUUGCUUUUAUUGAAAAGGUUUUUGUGAGUUUUUAUUAAUUAAAUAUUAAAUAUUAAGUGCCAAAAAAAGUACUUCAAUUUGAUUUAAGACAAAUGAUUUUUUUCUAGUUUACCCAGGUGCUUAUAAAUAUUAUGUUUGUGCGGUGUUAAAAUUAUUCUUGAGCAGAUAUUUCAAGAUGUGUCUUAAGCUUUACUUGAGUUGUUAAGCAGUAUAACAAAAAUAUGUUUAAAGACUUUAGUAAAUAUUAAGAAAAAAGUAAACAGUCGUUCAAUUUUCAAUACGAAUCAGAAUACAAUGUACAUUUUCAAUGUCAAAUGACCUUAACGGAUGUUGAUUGUUUUUUCGUCUGCGAGACGCGAGUAGGUAUUAUCGUUGCCUACUACAGAAUGGUUCUUGUAAAUAUUAUUGAUAUAAACAACGUGCUACACUUCCAAAUCUGAUAUUAUCGAUUUCAAUAAAAUAUGUAAGAGAAAAACUAAAA